AUGUCAGCCCAGUCUAUUCUCGUUGAUGGUAUUGACCAGGUCAUUAUCUGUGACAAUGUCAUUGUCAUGGAUAUCGAGAACCUCCUGACUGGCUGGCCGACUUAUGAGAUUAAUUUUACGCCCGAGAACCCAGGCCCAUUGAAGCUUAUCAUCUGCCUCAAAGAUCCCGUCAAGAUGGUCCACAUCGAGGAUUCAAGUGAUAGCAAGGCAGAUUUGUUGAUUUCAGGCAAUCACAAAAGGAAAAAGUUCAUGACCGAUACCAUCAAGCUCACUGAAGAUCUUGCAGGCCUCAAAAUCACGUCCCAGAGUUCUGGAAAUAACACUGUCAAAUCUGUACACAAGAAUCAUGUAAUUGUAGAAUUAAUCAUUGUACUUGACACCAACAUAGAUUUUGAGAUAUCGCAUAGACGUGUCGAGGUUUCCCAGCAUGUUCUCAAAACAUCACGUAGGCACCGCUCACUGUCAACCUCCAGUAGCUCGUCAUCAGACAGCAAUGACUCAAUGAAGAAUCAGUCAUGCUCCACUUCACCACCCACGACUUCGCCAAUGCACGAAGAACCGAAACAGAAGAAAUCCCUGCAAAAACACACGAGGGAAUCAUCGGAUAGCGACAAUGACACGAAGAAACCCAAAAAACGAACAAAGAAACAUAAAGACUCAGAUCGGGCAACAAACCCAAACAGAAAGGAAUGUCACUGCAAGAGCAAUGCUUACAUGUUGCACGUUGGAUACCCCGAGGGGUAG